CAAAAUAUGGCGAAAAUAAUCGUUUUUGUCAUUUUCUUGUGAUGCUUGCUUGUUGUGUGAAAACUUGUAUUGUGUCUUUAUAAUGGCUGACACUGGUCUACGUAUGAAUUUCGCUGCUUUAAAAAGAGCAGAUCCGUACGCUAAAGAAAUAAUUGAUAGUGCUACCCACGUCGCACUAUAUACAUUUGAGGGAAACGAAUGGGAAAAAACGAAUAUUGAGGGUGCUUUGUUUGUGUACAGUAGAAAUGGAGAACCUUACCAUAGUUUAGUGAUUAUGAACAGAUUGAAUACUAAUAACCUUAUUGAACCUGUGUCGAAAGGAAUUGAAUUGCAGUUGACAGAACCGUUUCUUUUGUAUAGGAACGCAAAGUGUCAAAUCUACGGCAUAUGGUUUUAUGAUAAACAAGAGUGCGUUCGGGUCGCUACGAAAUUAAACUCGCUUGUCAAGGAAUCUUUUAAGCAGGCACCCGCUGAAAUGGCUCAAAACCCCAUUUACAAUACUCCUCCGCAGCAAAAUCAGCCGGUUGAUAUAUUCAGCAUGCUAAGCAAAGCCCAAGACGAUUUCAAUUCGAACAAGGGCCUCGUGGCCAAUAAAAGUGAUAUGACGCCGUCGCGGGCCCCUGAUAUGGCUUCGCAAAGUGUGAUGGACUUCUUUGCCAAGGCUGGUAGCGGCGCAGCGGUACAAAUGCCUGCGGUGUCAUCUCUUCCUUCACCCGGCAUGUUUGGGCCGCGACCAACGGAUGUGCGAGAAGGUCCACUUAUUCUUCAGAGGCUCAUGAGUAAUCCAGCACACUCUGUUGAACACAUAGAGAAGCAGCAGCGUUCUGUGACACCUCAAGAAUCUCAAAGUGCAAAUGGUAAUGUGACAUUAGAGUCAACCUUACGCCAAAAUAGUGGAUUCCAAAUUAAAUCUACCCCCAUUGAGAAGCAAAAUCAUCAAAGACCAACACCAAUGAAACAAGGUCAAGUCUUUGAUUCAGAAGCAAAUGGUCCAAACCCAUUGGAUAUUGAUCUAAAUUUAAUGCAUAUUUCAUCACCCAAACCAACGUCACCAUUGGCUUAUUUGAAUCAGUCUCAGGAAGUCACUCACUCAGUAAGCACUUACAAUGGCAGUAAGCUGGAGGAUGUAGGUAUGUAUCAAUUGAGCAAUCCCCUUGUUACUCAGCAGAAGCCUGCUUUGAUGCCACCGACCAUGUUUACGACCAGUACCGGAACUGACACGCAACCAUCGCCUGAACCCCUGACAAGGAACCAACUUCUGCAGGCAUUUAAUUACUUGUUAAAACAUGAUGCUGAUUUUGUAAACAAAUUACACGAGGCAUAUGUAAAAUCCUUUUCAGAUAAGACAUAUUCAGUGUCGUAAAAUUCAUUAUUGGACAAGCAACUGAUGUUGCCAGUUGCUAUCAUUGUACAGUUAUAUUGAAGUAUAAAUCCACUGAAAUGUUGUGUAGACCCUCUAGUUUUGUAGUAACUCAUUGUUUGGACAGAGUAUUUUUAAAUAAGUUUUAAACCUUUGACUAUGUCAUUAAUUCUCUACCAAUUGGAAGUAUGACAACACUCUGUUGUUAGAUGCCCAACUAGCAGAGAAUGACUCAAAGUCUAUUUACCGAAUGAAUUUUAGUGAUGGACUUAAAAUGUUCCUUGAAUAGCUGUUUGUGAUAUUUGAAUUGGCUACAGCUUGAGGUGCGCUAAAUCCGUAACCUCCAUGUAUACAUUUCUAUUUUCACCAAUUUAGUUUAGUUCAAUAAUUAGUUCAUUGCAAUAUAAUUUAUUUAAAUAAAAAGAAGAAUUUAAAAGACAAUAUUAUUUUGUUAGAGAUAUAUUAUCUCCUAGAGAUGUAACUGCGAAGCUACGUAAAUAUGAACUGUUGCAAUGAACUUUUUUGAAAAUAAGGAAACAAUGAUGAGAGUAAACAUUGUAAAUGUUAUAAGGACUGCAAACAUUUGCUAUUUCUUUACAUGACUUGUAAUUUCUUAUCCCAUUGCCCUAAGUAGUUUACGCAUCAGUUUUUUUUAGUUAUUGUAUAUGAUGUUUCUGAUUCAAGAACUAUGCAUAUUUGGAAAGAUUUCUCUUAUAAUAUCUGAUAAGUAAAUUUUAGUCUGGUCCAGUGUAUUGUUUUUAAAAGGCUUUAAUAUCCAUUAGGUAAAAGAGAAAUCGAAUUAUUUUUUCAAUUAUUUCUUUCUUAUAAAAUGUAAUUCUUACUUUAGGAGAAACAUUUGCUAAGUUAUAUUUCUCCUAAGAAUAAAUUUUCUAUGGAUACAUAGAUUUCAUAUUCUUUCUAGGGGAAAGUGUUUGAAAAUUUUAUGGGAGUAUAUUAUCAUUUCCCUUUUAUAUAGGUUUCAUUAUUGUUUUGAAAUAACUUAUAUUUUCAAUAAAAAGAUAAAUACUACUUUUUGAUGGCCAUGUUAACUUUCGGCUUAUAGCUGAAAUCUAAAUUUAAUUGCCUAUUAUAAAUACAAAUUCAGGGGAGAAAAUUGGCCUAUAAUUCUUAAACACUUGAUUCAUAUAAAAAUAUUGGAGUUGAUUUUUCAUUAGCAGACUGUGUACUCCCUUGAAUAAUUUUGGAAGUAAAUUUUGUUAUUGAUAUUGACCGGUUUAAAAUUUGGAAAAUAUUGAAUAACUAAAAUCUUCAAAAUAGUCUCAAAUUAAAGGGUUCAGAAGUAA